CAUAUUCCAGCCUAUUUUCUUACUCCCAAUGAAGGUCUUCCAUUUGUCCGUUGUUCGCACCACACCGACGCCCAGCGUGCCACUCGCCACUGCCAGCGACCUGUCAUCGUUCAGCUUCUUCCAGCGCGGAAGCAUCCAGGAGUUCAUGAACUUCUUCGCAACAACGGUGGCAGAGCGCACGCAGGACGGGCAGCGGCAGGGCGUGGACCAGGACAACUACGUGGCAUACGUGUACCGGCAACCAGGCGGGCUGUCGAGCGUGGCGGUGACGGACAAGGAGUACCCGGCGCGCGUGGCACUGUCGCUGGUGGCCAAGAUCCUGGACGAGUUCACGAAGGAAUUCAAUGCGGAGCGGAUCGCGAGCGCCGACAAGAUUGCGUUCCCGGCGCUGGACGACUACGUCCGCAAGUACCAGGACCCGAAGCAGGCGGACAAUAUCAUGCGGGUGCAGCAGGAGCUGGAUGAGACGAAGGUGGUGCUGCACAAGACAAUCGAGGGGAUUCUGGAGCGCGGCGAGAAGCUCGAGUCCCUGGUUGACCGGUCGAACCAGCUGUCGGACCAGUCGAAGAUGUUCUACAAGACGGCCAAGAAGACUAAUGCGUGCUGUAUCGUCAUGUAACAAGAAAGAAGAACAGACUCUUCGUUUGCCUGUUUUGGAACUAAAUUUUUCUUUUCGGUCCAUGACGCGGCAGCGUGCUCACAUGAGGAAAGCGCCGGCUGGUGGUGAGCUUUUUAAACAUCCGUGCGCUUGCCACGCAGCAUCAGUGGAAGAAGCGGUCGUGCUGCAAGAACAAGGAAGAGGCGAGGCUACAAAGCUCGUUUCUCACAGCGGGUUGCACAGGACGGAACCAGGCUGGGAUUC